GAGUCCAAAGAGUUGAGUAACGCAGCGGAAGUGUUAGCCGUCAGGAGCACCGAGGGUGUGUGUGUGUGUGAGAGAGACUUCAGCGGGGCUUCAGGUAGCAGGAUGUGGGCUCGGUUGAUGGUUAGGGUCGGGGGUUCGGGGCUCGGGUUGCGGGCUUCCAGAGACGGUUUGCUGCGGGUCGCUGGUGCUGGAUGUGCGGGGAAGAAGCAGCAGGAGAGACACGCUUCAAGUGCAGAGGCUGCCUUGAAGAGGACUCCACUGUUUGACUUCCACAGGGAACAUGGGGGGAAGAUGGUGGAAUUUGCAGGUUGGAGUAUGCCUGUCCAGUAUAAAGACAGUCAUAUCGUCUCACACAUGCACACCAGAGAGCACUGCUCCAUCUUUGAUGUCAGCCACAUGCUGCAGACCAAAGUCCAUGGCAAAGACAGGGUGAAGUUCAUGGAGUCUCUAGUUGUUGCAGAUAUCGCAGAACUCAAGGACAACCAGGGUACAUUGACCCUCUUCACCAAUGACAAAGGAGGGAUUAUUGAUGACCUCAUAGUCACAAAGACGGACCAGGGCUACCUCUAUGUUGUCUCCAAUGCUGGCUGUUCUGACAAGGACUCUGCUCGUAUGAAGGCCAGACUGGCAGAGUUCAAAGCAGCAGGUUCAGAUGUGGAUAUUGAGUUCCUGAACGAAGCGCUUAUUGCUCUGCAAGGUCCAUCCAUGUCUCGGGUGCUCCAUGAGGGACUUAAGGAGGACCUCAGCAAGCUGACAUUCAUGACCUCCACCCUGGCCACUAUAUUCGGUAUUCCUGGCUGCAGGGUCACCCGCUGUGGAUACACUGGCGAGGACGGGGUGGAGAUCUCUGUACCUCAGUCCAGAGUGGUGGAGCUGACGCAGAAGCUGUUGGGUAAUAGCGAGGUGAAGCUGGCCGGUUUGGGGUCCAGAGACAGUCUGCGGCUAGAGGCAGGACUUUGUCUCUAUGGCAACGAUAUCGAUGAGACCACCACGCCUGUGGAGGCCACCUUAGUUUGGACCAUAGGAAAGCGCCGGCGUCAGACCAAGGAUUUCCCUGGUGCUGACAUCAUCGUACCUCAGAUCAAAGCCAAGACAGCCAGGAAGAGAGUGGGUCUGGUGUCCACUGGUCCCCCCGUCAGACAACACACACCCAUACUCAGCCCUGACGGAAAGGUCAUAGGUGAGGUGACCAGCGGCUGCCCUUCUCCCUGUCUGAAGAAGAACGUCGCUAUGGGUUACGUUGACGCUGCAUUUGCUAAGAAUGGAACAUCCAUUCAGGUCGAAGUCCGGAAAAAAGCAGUGCCUGCCACCGUCAGCAAGAUGCCCUUCGUUCCCACCAACUACUAUUCUGGAUAGGAGGGACGCACACACAAACACCUCAACACACAUACACAUACAGUACACCCACAGACACACACAGACACACACUCACACACUUACACUGGACCAUUCCUCCACUUUGUCCCAUAUUCACAAAUGCAGCCUACUUCAGAACACCAGAUGAGUCCUUUGAAAGAAAAUAAUAAUAAUAAUAAACUAGAGCACUUACAAUGUAUAGUGUCAUAUUAUUUCCUGAGAGGUAGUUUGAGGACAACUGGACCUGACAAGUAAUACAAACACUGUCAGCAGACUAUCACUCUACAUACAGUCAGUUUUCUACCUUAUGUGUUCAAGAGGUUGCACUUGUGGAUAGAUGUGUGAUGAAUUGUGAGCAAUUUACACAUGAGAUGCAUAAAAUACAUUACAAGCAGUAUUGUUGAGUCAGAAAAUGUAUGUAUCGCUAUAGUAUGAACCUAGAUGCUUUGUCAAUGUUGUUCAUAUACCAAGCAAGUUGUGUUUUCUCUUUUUACUCUUUUAUAAGUGAACAACAGGUUAACUGAAUCAAAAUAACUGUUACUUACUGAAAUUAGCCAUCACUUUUGGCACUUUCAGUAAGAAAUAAAACAGUGAAGCUAAAGAUGCACUAAAAACUAAUACUUAAUUUACUUAUUCUUAUAGAAUAUAGGUUUUGCUAAUGAGACGUGAUAACAUUUCAGUCUGUCAUCGCUGGACCAAAACUAUGAUUCCAAAUGGUAUUUUCGAUGUUAAAUCACAUGCCUGCAUUUUUGUUUUUUAAGGUCUUUAAAAUACCUCAGAGCCAAAUUUCCUUCACUAAUAUUGUUAGUUGUCAACAGCUGGAUUAAGGGUAGUUUAACAGGGGCAAAGCAUAAUCAUUCCAACACAAAAUCCCUUCCCAAAAAGUGCUAAUUAUCACAAAUAUGCUGGUUUGUGGAAUUGGUAUUUUGGUGUUAAUUUACUGAUUUUCUCAGUAAGUCCUUGUUUGGAGAGAUUGUGACUGAGCUCUGGUUUUCUCUGAUGAAAUGGUCAAUAAUAUGAUCUCCACAUCAGAUAAAACCUGACCGGACUGUUUUUCAGACUGUUUGUAACAUAGUCAUAUCUUGAACUUGACAGAGGUACAUUAACUAUACUACAUGACUGUACACAUGACUGGAUGUGGUAAAAUGAUAGACUUGAAACGACAAUUGUCAUUAUGUGGAUUCUUUGUUGCUACUAAUGAAAUGCAAUUUAAAAAAAUUAAACUAGGACCUUUCUUUGCACUUGGAGCUCUGAAUGUCUUAUUUUGUCAACAAAUAACAAAAUACUUCUUAUUUAAAAUCAUACUACUGAUUUAUAAGUGGCCAAUUCUGUCUUGAAGGUGCACUGGUGUGUGUGUAGUUUUUAAUAUCUAACUCAAUGUUAACAUUUUGAUUAGAAAAAUAUCUUCUCUUUAAUAAAGACAGUUUGCUUUUCA